AUCACAUCUAUGGCAACACAAUGACGUUCAGCUUGUAUACAUAAAUUGGGUUGCGUUUUGCCAUACGAGAAGCGGUGACGGUCCCUUAAUUGUGUAUUUUACAUUACACAUUGUACGACGAAUGGCCGGUUCUGAUAAGAUAGUAGACAUUUGAAUUGGAAUUGUAAUUGAAUGUGUAAAGUCAAUUAAAAAAUUGUUUUUUAUUUUUUUUAUUGAAUAUUAGGUGUGAAUAACAGGAAAAAUCCUUUUUACAAUUUAAUUUAUAGUUUGGUUUUACAAUCUUGAUAGUUACUACGCUCGAACCAUUUAGACAUUUUUGUUAAAAUAAAAUAAAAUAAUGUUGGAAGUUUGCGUUGAUUCUUUUGAAUCUGUCCAAGCGGCUGUUGAAGGAGGUGCGCACCGAAUUGAACUCUGUUCCGCUUUGAGCGAGGGUGGUCUCACUGCAACGCCUGGAUUAUUGAAAGCCUUUCCAGCCACAAAAGUAUUCGCAAUGCUUCGAUCACACGGAAGAAUUUCAUAUCAACACACCUACAUCGAUAUGGAAAUCAUUGAAAAAGAUAUAGUUGAAUUGAUUGAGAAUGGAGUUGAUGGUUUUGUCUUCGGUGCACUUACAGCUGAUCGAAACAUUGACGUGGACAAGUGUCGACAAGUAGUUGAUAGUGCUUCUGGAUUACCGGUUACAUUUCAUCGUGCUUUUGAUAUGACGAUUCCGUCAUUGAAAUUUCAAAACGUGGAUAAAAUUGCAGAAUGUGGAUUUCGACGUAUUUUGUCUAGUGGCUUUGCAGAAACAGCAGAGUUGGGAAUUGAAGCGUUGACUCAAAUCAAGAAAUAUAUCGCAGAAAAGCAUUACAAUUUAAUACUUAUGCCUGGUUGCGGUGUCUCAACAAGAAAUGUUGAUUCUAUACUUCAAACUACCGGAUGUAAAGAGUUUCAUGCUUCCGCAAAAAUCAAACGGACCGAACGUAUUACAGCUCAUGUAUCUGACACAAGUGCCAUCAGUAAGGAUAUUAGAAACAAUGCAUAUGCCGUGACUGAUAGAACUUCUGUUCAACAGCUGGUUACCAUUGGAAAAAAGUACAUAUAGAAUGAUGAAUGAUAUGAUGUUUCUUAAAGAUUUUUAUUUGGAUUUUCUAAUAAAUUCACACAUAUUUACAUUUA